GGUGAAAGGGUACAGCCUCUAUACAACCACGCCAAGCUUAGGCACCCAUAUCAAGCAUCCUCCAAUUCUUUCGGAACAACAAGCGCAUACCGGCGGACUCAAGCCUCCCAAUAACACAGCUUGAAAGCCGACAGUGAAGCAGAGAUGGCAGCCUCAACAGACCUAGCCUCCGCCAUCUCCGCCUCCUCAACCUCUUCCGCCUCCGGCGCCGUCAUCGCCGUCCUUCCCCUGAGCGGAACAACCUUAACCGCCACCGAAGUCCCCAGCACCACCGGCCUCGCAGUCCUGGACGGCACAACCCUCACCUGGCACGCCCCUGGCAUCACGCUCGCCAACGGCGCCGUGGUAAGUCUAGGCCUCAACGGACUGGUGCAGAGUAGCACUACAGCCUUCUACGAGACUGUCACGCCGGCUGCGGGUGGAGGUGGAGGGGUUGUGACGCUCUCGAGCACCACGAAUGGCAUCGUUACACUAACUCCGUCGAAUUCCGCAGCAUCUGCGGCGCAAGCGUCGAGUUCGCGGGCGGCUGCGUCGAGUUCGUUGUUGGCUGGCGUUUCCAUGCCUGGUGGAACGGCUCAGAAUGCUACAUCUGUCAGUGGCAAUGCGAGCAGGGUUACGCCGGUGCCGCAGCUUUCGAGUACAACAAUUGUUAGUGGGACGCAAUCGCUCACGUCUGUGGUAGCUAUAAGCUCGUCGGCUAGCCGGGCUUCUUCGGGUUCAGCAGUCGGUGUGGCGGCAUCGAGUAGUGGCGCGGCUGCGAGUGCGGGUGCGAGUGCGGCGGCGUCAUCAUCUCGCGCUUCUUCUGCUACUGCCGCUGCCUCGAGUACCUCUUCUGCGGCGGGUCCGACGAUGAGUGCUGGCAAGGCGGCGAUGCUGCUAGGUGCUGCCGGUAUGGCUGUUGCGGCGUACGCACUGUAAUGAUAGCAGCUAAGCAGCUGAUCAUGCGAGUCUGAACGAGAUCAAUGUCGGAUCGUGCACCUUGCUUGUAUGGAUAUGGUUGGGAGUAGCGGUAGACUGGCGUUACAUGCGCAGACAAACCGUUGAUGGUAUAUACAUUGAUUCGGCAAAUUGU